AAAUAAUAGAAAAGAUACUAGGAUUAGGCGCAUUGUUUUGCUUUGCUGGGCUCGCGACACUGCAGGCUUAUUCAUCCAACCCAACUGAAGUGUCUAGUCCCUCCACCAAAACUGCCCCCCCACCGCCCACAUCCACAUCCGCACCUAAUCCAACCACUCGUUCAACUCCUCAUACCUACCUUACCUCAACCUCACCUCUCCUCCCGACCUCGCAAGACUUUGCUUGCUCCCGCUACCAGAGGCGACGGCCCGCGCCUUGUUCCCCUUCGAACACGGCCGUUGGCUUUCCGCGCUUUAAUCACUGUUCAAGCUGGUCUGCAACGGCCAGCCUCUGGACCCCGCCGUUCGUCUCGUUACUCCAUGGGCGGCCGCUCGCCUCGAUCAAUUGAACAAUGGGAAAUGCUUGCCAGAGUCAAGUAGGUGCUGUUUUUACGUCGUAAACACAGCCAAGCGGGCUGCACUACCUUCAACACUAUAUAACUGACCAUGGCGACUUCGCGAUAUCAAACGGCCGAUCUACGACGCCAAGUUGGGUCCCCGAGACCCAAAGGACGCGGUUCGUUUGCCCUUCCACCCAUCCCACGAUAUCGACACACCCCGCCACCAUCAAAUCAACUCCAACAUGAACGCUGACCUGCGCUCUCCAGAGAAUAAAGAUACACUAUGCCGAAACGUACUUAUAUAUGGCCAUUGCCGAUACGAGGACCAAGGCUGCGCCUUUAGUCACGACCAGAACAAAAACAACUCCAAUUCAGACUUGUAGGUUACUCAAACUUUUGUUUUAUUUGUUUGUUGUUUUCGGGAUGGAUGGACCCGACCCGUGAUGCGACAGUUCGCAGUACCCAAAUUUAAUCCGACUUCGCUUGGCUUAUAAAGUUAGACACUUCAGCCAUGAAAGCCUCGCGCUGUCGGUUCAUGGUGGGUUUGUUAAUGAGGCUUGUAAGUGAUCAUUGUAUACCUUGCAGUGGUUACAUACUUUUUCUCUGUAGACAGGAGGCUUCAAUGCUGCAGCAGGAAGGACCGUAUGUCGCAUGACCUCUCCGCUCAUCGGCCGAUACUCCCUCAUCACUAAUGACUUGCCAACUUAACUUUACUUUACUUCAACUCUUCAAAAGCACAACGCCCCCAUGUACCAGCAGCCCUGGUGCUGUAUCACUACUUCAGGCAUAUAAUAUUCCCACACUGUUUAUUACUCAAGUUGACUCUUGCGAGCUGCUACUCCAUAUUCAGCAACUCACACUACGAUUUCGACCCUUCAACAUGGCCAUGGCUAAUGACGUUGAACCCAGAUCCAAGAAAGCACUCAAUGUUGAAUCGCCAUCUUUCACGCCCGCUAGCGUUGGAAUUAAUAAAAAGGCCACCUUCUCUUCACAGGCUGCCAGCGCUCCAGCUUUUACACCACGUGGUUUGGGCUCCGCUACCCCGGUUGGGCCCCAGGACAGCGACGGCAGCGUCUUCAAUCCUGCUACUGUCCGCGAAUUUACCCCUAACUUUGACGUGAACAGCACGGUAUGAUCCGUCACUGCCGAUAUCGAGACUCUCCGCUAAUUACCGAGAUAGACCACUUCCGCAAAUGGUUCUGGUCAAGAUGGCGGGAUCUCCUAUGACCCCUUCACUGUGCCUACUAUGAAUCAAGGCAUCACUACUCCUCAGUACAACCCUUAUGCUGAAGAUCCAGGAGCUCUCGGUGGCCAUGGGCCAGGGUACUUCCCAGCACAAAAUGCAUUUGCUGCUCCUGUUCAACCUCUGGUACAUCACUUAUACUUCCCCUCUGGGCAACGUCGAGAUGAUUUGAUGCCAUAUCAUCGCGUUUCUCACGACUUUUUCAUCUCUGAGAAAGAUCGGGUUGAGAUUGUCAAUAAGCUUGAAGCGACUGGCCAAGUUCUCCCAAACUCGCAGUUACCGCAACUCGACAAUUACCACAACUUGGUGCCCUUGGAUACAACCCAUCGGAAGAAUGCUAAUAUCUUUGGCUAUCCGAGCUGGGUCUAUAAAGCUACACAAACCAAGUCAGGCCACACUUAUUGUCUCAGGCGAUUAGAAGGCUACAGACUCACCAACGAGAAUGCCAUCAGGCUUGUCAAAGAGUGGCGGCGCAUCAACAAUGGCAGCGUGGUUUCUAUCAUCGAUGCGUUUACCACCCGCGCUUUCGGGGACAGCUCACUCAUCUUUGUACAAAACUAUUUCCCCCUCUCCAAAACACUAGUUGAGGCUCACUUGACCCCAAGCAGUACCCAUGGUACACGUUUCCAAGCUAAAACACCCAUUGCUGAGAACGUCCUGUGGGGUUACAUCUCACAGAUUGCCAAUGCGCUCCAGGCCAUCCAUUCAGUCAAUUUGGCAGCACGAUGUAUUGAUCCUAGCAAGAUCAUUCUUACAGACAAGGGCCGCAUCCGUCUCAGCGCAUGCUCUAUCUUGGAUGUCGUUCAAUACGAUGCUCAUCGAUCCAUUCAGGAGCUUCAGCAAGAAGACUUCAUUCAAUUUGGCCGGCUAUUGCUCUGUCUGACGACUAACACUCUGCCAGUCCAUCUCACUAAUUUUAACAUAUCUUUGGAACAAUUGUCGAGGGUGUAUUCAGUCGAACUGAGGGAUACUGUGCUGUGGCUCCUCACCCCUCAGCAACCACCCGCUCAGAAAGGCAUAGACGAGUUCGUACGCGGAAUUGCUGGUCGUAUCACAUCCACGUUUGACCAAAUUCUUCAAGCCAAUGACAAGGCCCGCGCCGACGUCAUGCGGGAGGUGGAGAACGGUAGGACAGCCAGACUGUUGAUGAAACUCGAAACCAUCAACGAGCGAUAUGACUUCAACGGGGAUCAGAAUUGGUCUGAAAAUGGUGAGCGGUAUAUGCUCAAACUCUUCAGAGAUUAUGUUUUUCAUCAAGUGGAUGGCAACGGUAAUCCAGUUCUGGAUAUGGGACACAUGCUUCGUUGCCUGAGCAAACUAGAUGUUGGGACGGAGGAGAGGGUUUGUCUCACCAGCCGAGACGAACAGACCAGCUUCCUCGUCAGCUACAAGGAGCUUAAAAAGAUGCUGGCGAAUUCCUUCGGAGAACUUGUCAAGGCGAGUAAAUCAGGUCGAAGCUUCUAGUCCCAGCAGGAACAACACCUAGCUCGUGGCAAGUUUCAGUGAAUCGCGGUACAAAGCCUCAAUACCCAUGAGGACAUUAGAAAGGGUCAGACCGAGGGUGGGGGGCUAGAUUUGAUGGUAGAUUGGUGGGUAUUGGUCCUAGCCAGUCUCGUGCAACUUCUAUUCCCACGAGGCCAAAGUCCCACAAGGCAACAGAAUAUCUUCCAUGGAAACAAACACAUCAGGAGGAAACAAGGUCUCGAAGCGAAUCAGACUCGUCACUAGAGGUUCCCAGCGAGUUAUGCUAGGGCUUCGAGAGGAGACUAAUGUGCAACGCACAGGCAGGCCCCAAGCAAGCCUCCGUCAUUGCCUGAGGAUAGAUGAAACGACGAGUUACAGGAAGGACCGAGUCCUCAGAAUGACAGGGGCAUCCCGACUAUCGAAAAGGAACAGAAGAAGAAGAGGGCCAGAAAACAAAGAGCACCAAUUUUUGAGAACAGAGUCUCGUACAAUCACGACACCUUGGGUACUUAUAAGGGCAUCGCCUUGGAUCAGUCAGGCAAUCAGAACUGGCAAAAUCGCCAGAAGGUUUCUAGCCACGCGUCAUAUGAUGCGAUGGGGGUUGAGACAUUGGAGGCAAUCUACAGAUUCAUGAUGGUCUGCCAUGGCUGAUGAUGUUUAGACUGUGUGUGUGUGUAUAUGGCAGAGGUUAGUGGUGAUUCCGAAACAGAGAGAGACGAUAUAGUGAGACAGAAGUAGGGUAUUUGCCUUUUCAAUAUGAUAUAUUGCCUUCAUUCAUUACAAUAUUCUAUGAAGUGGCGGCUAACGUGACAAAUUCACUGUUGGAGCCAAGGACUUUCGUAAGAU